ACAUUCACAUAAACUGCACUAUAAAGACAUGAUACAAUCGGAAAUACAAGUGCCAGCCUUUUUUCUCCUCUUUCUGUGAAAGAUUUCAUAGUAUUUAGUGAUGCUAUUCGUAGUAAGUGGUGUACGUGAUCAUGAUCAAUGAUGAAUUAAAUUAAUAAUAAAAAUGGAUCUACGCUGAAUGACAACAGUAUAUCAUUUUCAUCAUGGGUUGAAGAUAUCUAGGUUGUAUCGCAAUCGGAAAAGAAGUCGUGCAGGAUAUCGAUAUGGAAAUGCCAGAACUAACAGUGACUUCGGAGAUUUAUGGAGAAUAUAACUAUAAUACUAAAAUGACACCACUGAUUGAAGGAAAUAUUAUUUCGGAAUUCCCGUUUUUGCUGCCCAAAAAUGACCACAAACCUCAAUAUGAUGACGACGAAGACUUGGAUAUUGAAAGACCACAAAAGGAGUCAAUAAAAAUUGAACACAGCUCUAAAACCAAACUAGCCCUAGUUGGUUUACAAGUGUGGAGGGGGGCAUUUCUGAUAGGAGACUUACUCAUACAUCUAGGAGUGAAAGGAGCCCUUAAAGAUAAGACUAUCUUGGAACUGGGAGCUGGGACUGGACUGACCAGCUUUAUUGCUGGAAUAUAUGCGAAGAAAGUUAUAUGCACUGAUAUAAACCUAGGCGGUAUAUUAGACCUGAUUAAACUCAACACCAAGUAUAAUGAAAAGCUGAUUAAAGCAGAGUUCAGAGUCGAUGCUUUGGACUUCACCAACAUGGCUUGGAGCCAGCAACUCUCUAGGGACAUCAGAAACACCAACGUUAUUAUAGCGGCCGAUGUUGUAUACGACGAUGACGUGACUGCCGCAUUCGUCGCAACGGUACAAAAGAUCCUCAACACCAACCCACCUAAAACCCUAUACAUGGCGCUAGAAAAACGCUACGUCUUCACGAUAGAACACAUGGACUCCGUUGCACCGUGUUACGAGACAUUCCUCAGUCUGUUGGAUAAAGUGAAGAAUGGAUCCAAUUGGACUGUAGAGCAGAUGCCUUUAGACUUCCCUAAAUAUUUCACUUACGAUAGAGUGAAAGAGCUAGUACUGUGGAAAAUAUCUUCUGCCUAGUUGUUAAUGUGAUCUGUGAUAGGUAACCGUAAUAAAAAAAAUAUAUUUUA